AUGGAGACCACGAUGAACUGCGAGAACUUGGGCAAUUCUGGAUACUUUUACCCCAAAGGUAUCCUGGUUAAAUGUCGUCAAUUUUUCAUACUUCAUGUAUCAAGCUUGGUAAAAACUCUGAAGAACCUAAACCUAACGCUGAAUGUUGUUGCAAACAAAAGUCCAAGUGCUGCUGGAGAAAACAAACUUGUGCAACCAGACACAGCCGCCAGACACAGUCAGACACAAUAUAUACAUGUAUUGAACGAUCAGUCAGUUUCAAAAAUCGGCGGAUUUCAAUCUGAGAUUCAGCCAAAUGCCGAGCAACCAGGCCGAUAUCUUUUGUUGCAAAACCGUCCUUACAAAAACCUUUGCUGGUUAAACACCAUGCUGAACGUUUUGUUUAAAAGCACAAGCUUUUCAAAAAAGUUCAUCGAAUGGCAAAACGAUAAAAGUAUUUCAAAUGAACUUGGAAACAUUUUUAAUAAAAAUACAAAAUCGGCAAGUAAACUGCGCAGCAUGAUGGACAAAGAUUUCCGAAAAGGUCCACAGGCGAUUCCAAAUGCCUUCCCUGCUUUUCUAAAGAAUCUUAAUAUGGACCUGCAAGAAAAGGAUGUGACCUAUUGUAGAAAUUGUAACACACUGUUUCAUGGGAAUAUAAUCACUAACAAAUACCCACACUGUGGAAACGAAAAAAUGAUUGAAGGAAAGCUCUUCCAAUGGAAGGAAUCAAUCUUUGUUGUGACGAAAAACGUCUUCAAAGUUAAAAGACUUAACAAACGCUUCGAAGUUUACGAUGCCUACUAUGUGUUAGCCGCUUUUGGAGAGUUUAUAGACGGAAAAGUUUGUGGCCACUACGUUUCAUGGAUUCGGAAACACACUACCAAUUGUAAAGAAUCUCAUAAUGUUUACAAUGAUAAUGACAACGACAACUGUUUUGUUAAUGAUUAUUUUGAUUGCGUCAACGAUGAAAAGCUCAACGGCUCAACAGAAAAACAACGUAAUUCGAAAACGAAAAUAAACAUUAUGCUACUGAUGAAGUUAGAAAACAGAUUGAACGACGAAGACAUUAAAUAA